AUGGCUAUGGCUGUAUGGAUCACCGCACUAGCCCCGUAUUUCGUGCUCAUCAUCCUUCUAGUCCGCGGAGUCUCAUUGCCAGGGGCGGCCGAAGGAAUCAGAUACUACCUUACCCCUCAGUGGCACAAGCUCAAAAACUCAAAGGUCUGGAUAGACGCUGCCUCCCAGAUAUUCUUCUCGCUUGGCCCCGGGUUCGGAACCUUGUUGGCGCUUUCAAGUUAUAAUAAAUUCAACAACAAUUGUUACAGGGACGCUAUAGUCACGAGUAGCAUCAACUGUUUGACAAGUUUCUUGGCAGGCUUCGUCAUCUUCUCUGUGCUAGGCUACAUGGCGCAUGUGCAGAACAAGAGUGUUGACCAGGUCGGGCUUGAAGGUCCAGGACUAGUGUUCAUCGUCUACCCAGAAGCCAUUGCAACGAUGACCGGCUCCGUAUUCUGGUCCAUAAUUUUCUUCCUCAUGCUCAUCACAUUAGGCCUGGACAGCACGUUUGGUGGCCUGGAAGCCAUGAUCACCGCCCUGUGUGACGAGUACCCCAGGAUGUUGGGGCGAAACAGGGAAGUGUUCGUGGCUGUCCUGUUGACCGGAGUGUACAUUUGUGCGCUGCCUACCACGACAUAUGGCGGAGUGUACCUGGUCAAUCUGUUGAACGUGUACGGGCCCGGCCUCGCCAUCCUGUUCGUCGUGUUCGUGGAGGCGGCUGGAGUCUGCUGGGUGUACGGUGUGGAACAGUUUUCCUCGGACAUCGAGUGCAUGCUGGGACAUCGUCCAGGACUUUUCUGGAGACUCUGCUGGGGCUACAUUAGUCCUGUCUUCCUCCUGGUCAUCUUCGUGUUCUCACUGCUCAGCUACGAGGAUAUGCUAGCUGGUGACUACGUGUACCCACAGUGGAGCAUCACCAUGGGAUGGUUGCUCACUGCCUCCUCGAUCUCGUGUAUUCCUAUCUACAUCAUCUACAAGUUCCUCAUUACUCCCGGCUCUUGUUUGAAGAGAUUGUCAAUAAUAAUGAAACCAGAGGAGUUGUCAGAGACCACCGCCAUAAAUACCUCCUAUGGCACCGGCACCCACGUUUGACUGGAGUGGUUGGUCUAACCAGUGUACAGAACCCAUACCUUGGUGGAGGCUUUAACUAUAAAUACCGUUCUAUGUUUUUUAU